AGACGUUUAAGGAAAUCCAGAUACUUUUGUUCCCGCUCCCCUUCAGUGCGGCGAAGGAAAAGGUUUGCGGCCACACACCAUCGUUGUCCACGCAACUGCAUGGGUGUUUAUUAUUAUUAGUAGUAUUACUUCUUUUAUUUUCUUGCUUGCCUUCCUAUUCGGCCGCCGGUUCAAUCGUCCCAGCACGGCAACUUCAAACGCACGCACACAUACGGUGAGUCAUAGAAGGGGGAGUCGGGACCAAGCCCAAUCGCCCGUUUUUGCAGAGGUGAACACAAUACGACUCAGAAAAGGGUUGAGGACGUCGAGUGCCACCGCUGCGUGGCCUUCUUUUUUGGUUGUUGUUGUUGCUGUUGUUUAAGUCGCGAAGCGGUGCGAGUGUCCGCGAGAAAGCGUCGCUCUCGGAUGGCGGGCGCCUGCUCCGCUGUUGCUUCUUUUGUUAAUAUUGAUUCUGGGUCUGAGUCUGAGUCUGUGUGUGUCUGUGUGAGGGACGAGUUGUUUUGCGCGGAGCGUUUGAAUCAGCGUCUUGUGAGAAGCAGAAAGCAAGUAUGAUCUCUACUCCGGAAGUCUCUCUCAAUGGUGAGGGCUUCCUCCUUGACGGCGCUUCCCGUGCUUAUUAUUAUUAUUAAUUAUUAUUUCCCCCGAAAGAUUUUCGCUUUCCUUCGGUCUUCCUUCUUUUGUUAGAUUUCAAUCCAAAAAUCAAACCCCCCAAAAAGAAAGGAGAAACGGCAAAAAAAAGUGGAAAAACUUCUACCGAAGGAGACAGAUCGCCGCGUUUCGGCGUGGCGAAGUUCGAAGAAAGGUGCGGUCAGCACCGCAUUUUCUCCUUCGUUGCUGUUCUGCAUAGGCGCACACCGCCAACGAAGGGGCCCGCAGCGCGCUGCCGUUUCCGUCGACGAAUUUUCCACGGCUUCUUCUUGAUGUUGCUCCACACAAGAGAAGUUCAAAUAACCCAUUUUACUAUUAUUAUUAUUAUUAUUAAUAAUAUUAUUAUUAUUCGGUGGUUUCUCUGUCCACUCUCUCGUCUGCAGCAGCUGCGAGGUUGUUGUGGCUCUUCUUCUUUCUUCCUUCUUCCUCUUCUCUCGACCCUCGCCGUGGUGAGCUUCGUUUCGUCGCACUCACGAUCGGGGGCAUAGCAGAAACAAAACGCAUCAAACGCUUUUAUUAUUUUCACACUAUAACUAACUAACAAACGAACAGACCGGCGUGGUAGCCUGAGUGUGUGUGUGUGUGUGCUUCUCUCUCUCCCCCUGUCCUCUAACAUCCUCCACAUUCACUUCCUGUUAUACGCUUCGACACGCAGUGCCUCCCUGAAGUCGAAGUGAGAGCGGAAGCGCGCAACGUCAAGAGAAACAACGUCAACAACAACAACAGCAAACUCUUUUGGAUAUAACUGCGUUGAACGCGUCUUUUUCGCCUCGAUUCGUUCUCAUUUUGGGUGUGUUCUUAUUGUUUUAUUUUUUUACUUUACACGAUCCCCCGUUGAUGUCCGAUUCGGGGCAGGCGACGGCGGCACCGCCGGCAGCUCCUGCUUCGGCAGCGGAGCAGCAGCAGGAGACGCAACCAUCACAGCCGCAGCUGAGUACGCCCUCGGCCCUCAGCUCACCCUCGCUCGGCCUUCAACCGGAAAGCAAGUCCGAGACGAGUGGUCGCACUCCGCACGUGCGUCUGCACGACCUGACCACCGCCGCGGACCUGCGCUGCAGCUUUUCGCACCCCUACAUUGCAGGUCCGCUAGAAAUCAUGGAGUCCAUCAAGGGUCUGCACGAGCUGCACCAGCAGGGCGGUCUCACCCACGAGGAGUUCACCCACGCCAAACAGCAGAUCUUGGACUCCGGCUCGUCGGUCGCCUCCGUGCCGUCGACCAAGUCGAAGCGGUCGCGUAAUCGCCGGCACCGUCGACGUGGCCGCCACAGCUCGCGCUCCUCCAGCUCCUCUGACGCGAAGGGCACACGCGGGAAGCGCUCCCGCUCCAGCGGCGACAAAAGCCACGCAAAGACGCGCAGCAGCCGCGGCUCGCACAGCCGCCGCUCCUCGUCCUCGUCCUCCUCGUCCGACUCCUCCUCGAAUCGCUUCAUAGUAGUCCCCCGCGCAAAUGUCUGGCGCUCGCUGAACGCCCGCCUCGACGACACGAGCAUCGACCACGACUCGGCUAUCCUGCAUCCCGCCGCCUCCCCGUGCGGAUUUGCGGCGGCGCGCUCGCCGCUGCUCAGCGCGGGUGGUGGCGGCGGCAUCACCGGCAGCAGCGGGCCCCGCAUGGCGGGCGUCGACGAAGCGGUGUACCCCGUGGCGCCGCAGCCUAUGGAACGGAGGCGGGUGGCCGGGUACGAGUCACUCCCGUCCGAUGACGCGCUUGCCCAGCGGGGUGCGGCGGGGGCGGGCGGGAACGUGGCGAGCCCAAACGCAGCGGGUGGCUUUCCACCGCUGCCAAACAGCGUGGCCGUGUCUGGCAGCGGGCGGGGCGCAGGUAGCGCCGCCGUUGCGUCUGCGCUCGCACGGCUGCCCGGCUCCUUCACCGGCUCCGACAACCGCGAGAAGGCGGCGAAGUACGGCACUUUCCUCAACCGUGAGGAGGCGAUACGGGUCGGGACUGACUCCAGCGUCCGCGCCGAGCUCAACCGCGAGGACGUGGUGCACGUCAAGUACUUCAACAGCCGUGGCCGCAGCGGCAGCCACUUCAGCGAUGUGGAGCUGCACGCGUCGGAGAUGCGGGAUCCCGUUUUUCUCCACAAAGGCCGCGCGCAGGUCGUCCUCGUCAAGCAGCCGGCGAGCUCGUCUGGCACCCUGCGCAGCAAGGAAGACGCCGCGGUGUUGGGGCUGCCCUCGGUCGACUCGCAGGUCUUUCACCUACCCGAGAUGACGCCGGAUGAGCGGAAGGCGUGGGAGGAGAUGACGAGCCUGCCCUCCCGCUCCUCGCGGUCGCCCAGCUCGAAGUCCUCGUACUUGGAGCAGAGCCUCAACUGGUACUGGAUCGCCGUGACGGGCCGUGACCCCAGCCGCAAGCGCUACAACGCCACGCUGCGCUUCCUCACAAAUCGCUUCAAGCUGUGCGAGUCUUUUUUGGUAGAUCGCGAACACAUGCUGGUGCUGCCGCAGGUGUGCGAGUCGCCCAACUACCCGGGGCAGUACCUGCUGAACAUGCGCGUGGCAACCGACAAGAUCGCCAUCUCCGACGAUAGCGUGAUGGAGCUGACGAACCGGUGGAUCAUCGUGGUGGACUUGAAGCAGCACGUCGUCAUCACCCUGCAUCGCGUUGACACCCACAGCAUGGCGAACCUGCGCUUGCUGUGGCGCAAGGUCAUCGAGAACAACGACGUGUCUUUCCAGGAGUUCCUGCUAAAGAUCAUUGACGACGCGAUUCGCACCUAUCAGACCAGCAUCGACGUGCACGCGGAUAUUUUGGAUAAGUGCGAGGCGAAGCUUUUCGUGGAGACCACGACGAACGCCGGCCGCGUGGCAUCGGGCCACUACGUGGACAUGCGUAUUCUCCACCACUUCGCCGGCAGCUCCCGCUCUCCCUUUCUGCGCCGCCUGCUGGACGACCAAGACCGCUCGCCGAUGAACAAGGGGGAGAUGAACAGCUUCCUGCACCACCUACACCGCCGCACGAGCGUGCAGCACCGCAUGCUGAACCUCACGCAGGUGGUGCUGGCGAAGGCCUUCACGAAGCUGCGUCUCUGUUCGCGUGAGAUGGCGGAUCAGAUGUGUGCGUCGUGCAUCGAGAUUAGCGACCGCGCGCUGGAAGUACGCGAUGAUGCCAAGACGCUGCUCGAUCUCCACAUCUCCCUCCAGAGCUUUCGUACCAACGAGCUGAUGGCGGUGCUAACGCGUGUGUCGCUGCUCUUCACGCCGGUGACGUUCCUGGCCGGUGUGUACGGCAUGAACUUCCAGAAGCACUUCCCGGAGUUGACGUGGGAUUACGGUUAUCCGUGUUUCUGGGUGAUGUGUAUUGUUUUGAUGGUUGUCAUGCGUGUGUGCUUUUUGCGGGAAAGAUAG